CGCCAAACUAAAUAUGUGAUAGAACCUGAUGCUAGGAGUCACAUGUUUUGGAUGUGGAAGUCUGAUGAGUAACCUCUGCGGCCGCCCGAAGCUCCGUGAUGGUCGACAUGGAGACCCCAUACCGGCCGCCGUCCCCGCUGGAGGAGCCUGUUCUGGGGGACUCGGGGCUGGGCAGUCCCCUGUGUGCUGACGAGGACUUCAUGGGCGGGAUGGAGGAGUUGCAGGACAUCUCCCAGUCCAUAGACAAUGACACGCUGAGCUCAUUCGAUGUCCCAGAGUAUCAGUCCUCCAGCAACGGCUCCGAGGGCUCCACUGUCCUCGAUGCCCUGACACCUGCCUCCAGCCCCUCGUCAGUGUUGGGGAUGGUCUCUGGUCCAGACGACUUCACUUCCACCUCAGGACUCAAUCUGGAGUGUCGGGUUUGUGCUGACCGCGCUUCAGGGUAUCACUACGGCGUCCACGCGUGUGAGGGCUGCAAGGGAUUCUUUCGGAGAACGAUCAGGCUGAAGUUGGAGUACGACAAGUGUGAGCGCCGGUGUAAGAUUCAAAAGAAGAACCGCAACAAGUGCCAAUACUGCCGCUUCCAGAAGUGCCUGUCUGUGGGCAUGUCCCACAAUGCGAUCCGCUUUGGUCGGAUGCCGCAGUCGGAGAAGCUGAAGCUGAAAGCGGAGAUGGGGACUGGGGACAGGGAGGUGGAGAACCCUCAGGUGGCUGACCAGAAAAGCCUGGCUCGGCAAAUCUACGACGCGUAUGUGAAAAAUUUCAACAUGAACAAGGCCAAGGCCCGGACUAUCCUCACAGGAAAAACCAGCACUCCUCCUUUUGUUAUCCAUGACAUGGAGACACUGCAGUUGGCCGAGCAGACUUUCGUGGCUAAAAUGUUGGGCUCUGCAGAAAUGUUAAAGGACCGAGAAGCGGAGGUGCGGAUUUUCCACUGCUGCCAAUGCACCUCCGUGGAAACCGUCACUGAACUCACAGAAUUUGCUAAAUCAGUUCCUGGUUUCUCCAACUUAGACCUCAACGACCAGGUGACUCUUUUGAAAUAUGGUGUGUACGAGGCCAUGUUUGCCAUGUUGGCUUCAUGCAUGAACAAGGACGGUCUGCUGGUGGCCUAUGGCUCUGGCUUCAUCACUAGGGAGUUCCUCAAAAGUCUGCGGAGACCCUUCAGUGAAAUGAUGGAGCCCAAGUUCCAGUUUGCGAUGAAGUUCAACUCACUGGAGCUAGAUGACAGUGACAUCGCUCUGUUUGUGGCUGCUAUCAUCUGCUGUGGAGACCGGCCAGGCCUGGUGAACGUGGCCCACAUUGAGCGCAUGCAGGAGAGGAUCGUGAGAGUCCUGCAGCUCCACCUACUGGCCAAUCACCCAGACGACAGCUUCCUGUUCCCCAAACUGCUGCAGAAACUGGCUGACCUGCGGCAGCUGGUCACUGAACAUGCUCAGUUAAUACAGGAGAUCAAAAAGACUGAGGACACAUCUUUGCACCCACUUCUACAGGAGAUAUACAGAGACAUGUACUGACCAGAGUGGAGGAGGAGAGACAGAGACAUUAUGGAAAAGAAGAUGAAUCUCCUUAAGCUUCAGCUGAACCACUUGAACCCAAAAGCUUCAAGAGGGGUGUGGGAGCUAGCCCUGCUCAAUCUCUCACUCCAGAGGGCGUUGUGGCACAUCAAUCAUGUAGAGGCCACGUACAGCAGAACCAGUCCAGCAUCUCCUAUUUAUGCAAUGUUUAAUGACUGAGGUGAUGAUAGAGUUAUUCAUGUUUAAAAUGGUACACUGACACUAGACCAGCCGCUUAUGUGAAAGUUGAUGUCAAAGAGCCAUGCUGUAGCUGAAUUAGGGUUGUCAAAAAUCAGAUACUAAUCAUUACUAAAACUAGUAUCGAAACUAAAUGCUCAUUUAAGCAAGUAUCAGUACUGAAAAAAUAAUCACAUAACUGGAUUAAAUUUGACUGUUUCAUCUUGAGUUUUAUCAGAACUAGUAUAAGACCACAUGGUAUAAUAACCAAAUAUUAUUAUAGUGUGUUGGAAAGUAUUAUAUUAAGUAAAAAAUAGCUUUCAAAAUUAUCAUUUGGGUAUCAAAAUUAGUAUUGAGUCUAUUCUUUAGUAUCGAAAUGAAGCUAGAAAUGUUAGCAUCGUGACAACACUAAGCUGAAUACAAUAUAUUUACACAAUACAACACCCAAGUGACUUUAGUAACAAUAACAGCAAGUACACAGCAACUAUAAGGCAGCUCUUUCUGCAUUGACUUAAUAAUGAUCCAGCAUUGUCCUGUUUUAAAGAUGCACUUUGUAACUUUUCUACUGGAGGAUCUGUCACUUGCUUAUCUCCAUGGAGUGUUUAUUAUUAUCUCUAAAUUGUUCCACAGUAUUGCAUUAAACUAAUCAGUCUCCAUGGAGUUGAGCAGGUGACACCAUUGGGCCAAAUUACAGGUUAUGGAGAGAGGAGGAGAGAGUUUUUUUUAGCCUGUAACAGCUGCAAUUGAAUAAAUACAAGAUAAAUAAGUUUAAUGCUAUAUUGCGGAACAUUACUGGCAAAAUAAUAACUUUGCCAUGGAGACAAGCACAUAGAAAGCCCUCACUAGAAAAAUUACAUGGUGCACCUUUUAAGGCAAACUCAUGUGGCAUUACCAGAUAUUUUUGUGGUUUUAAAUGAGGUUUUGUGAAAUUCUGCUACAAUAUACAUGAAGACAUAAUUGGGUUACUUUUAUAAUUUUAAGAUUUAAGUCUCAAUUUGAAGUAGCAGAUGUAUUUAAGGGAACUUGAAACUACGACUGAAAUGAGAGUCACUGUGUAAUAAGCACCACAAUGCACACACAAUGCACUAACAGCCUGUGACCUGAAGAACUUGGGUAAUGCCUUUUUCACCAAACGUUUGCACAGAUAUUGGCACUCCAUCAGUUCAGUGUCCUGGUAUCCAAGGGCUACAAGAGAUACAGUCAGUGCAUCUUCUGUUAUAAUCCUUUCUUCUCUAUCUAUUUUGGUAAGAUUUACUUCUCAUUUAUUCUCUUAUGUUCCUGAGUGCAGUAUCUAAGUACAUAUUUAAAGAUAUAGAAAUGAGAUUACACAUCUUGCAGUUGAUGGUACAUAAGGUAUCUGUUUAUAAUAUUGUUCUACAUUAAAAGGCAGCUUACAUGCUUGUUCAUGCUGCCUUUAAUUAUCAAUUAUUGACCUACUUAUUUGAUCAUGAAAAAGAGGUUAGAGUGCAUGUCUGGAUCAUAUAUUCAAACUGUAUGAAAAACAAAACACUCUUAAACUGGUUAGCAGAGUUACAUUUUUACAAAUAAUGUAUGGUAUAUAGCCAAUACCAUCAUCUUUUACUGCUGGCCCUAUUGAUACUUUGCGGUGACAUCAUUCUGGUAGUGUUCAACAUGUAUGUGUAUUGGCAGAACGUUCACCGGUUACCAUGAAAACACAAAGCACACACAAAUACUACCGAAAAACAUUUUAGAUCAUCUGAAAAAAAUACAAAAUACAAAAUACAAAAUGGAUUUAAACAGCAUAUUUUCAGGACCAUGUGAUCAAUAAGAGUGCUCAUUAAAUAAAAGGAGAAAAUGUAUUUUAUGGUCAGAUUGUGUGAAAAUAAAGCUCAGAAUAAAGUCUAUCUUGAGUAACAGAGCUUCAGAUUAACCUUCCAUUAGCAUCACACCCCCAAGGAAUGUUGAUGACAUCAGCUGCAAAGUAUCAAUAGCCAAUAACAUCAUCGUAUACUGCUGGCCCUUUAGGAGGGACUAAUAAUGACGAUCCAUUUGUAAAAUAGUGACAUACCUUUCUGAAAUUGUAAAUGUAGGUCUGUAUUGUAACUUCUGUAACAGAUAAUUGUGUCUGAAUUGACUCAAUUGAUGAUAUUUUUAUACUAAAGUCUAUAUAAUGUGUAUGACUAAAUCAGAUAAAUGUUUAUUUGAAAUGGCACUAUUGGUGGAGUAAAUGCAGUGUAAAUACAUGGGAUGGGGGUCAAAUCCAGAUAUCUGAAUCCCAUCUGGGACAUUCCUUUUUGGUAAUUACUUUUUAAAUGUGUGGCUGGUUCAAGCUAGAGUGGAUUAAUUGUUGUUGUUUUUUUUCUUUUUCGUUUUUUUUUUAGUAAACAGUUUGGUUUAGCUAACAGAAUUUCUCAUGCUUACGAUCAACAAAUCUGCACUGAAUUAACAAUUGCCUCUUCUAUUUAAGCUCUCAGGUUUUGCAUUAUGAAUUUGGGCUCACAAUGCCUAUAUAUUAGUCUCUUGCCUGUUUAACUUUAAAUCAUUUGCCAUCAAUUCACAUGCAGUAUUAAGCAAUAGACAUGCAGUUUUCUGAAUGCAGUACAUGUUCCUCUAAUAACACUAUUUUGUAUCACUUUUGUAUUUUUCCUUCUCCUCACUUGCUGCUAUUAUUGUAACUAACUCAUCCUGCAUUGCCAUAAGUACAUUUUUGACCGUCAAGCUGCCUGUUAACCACAUCUUGUCUUGUACCGAAUGUCUCAAUAUUCAGUUUCAUUAACUUCAACUUAUUUUUCCUAUUUGCGGAUUCCUGGGAAUAUUGGGUAGGAAUUUUGCUUUUAGGGAAUAAACACAAAACUCUCUGUGCCUUAGCGUGUACCCUGCCACAAAACAUUAUUUAAAUUGAUAGAAAGCUUGACUUUAAUUGUACUCACAACACAUUGUAACAGACUUAAUGAUAUGGGAUAACCUUACAACUGAUGACAAAAGAGGCUUAUUAAUAUACUGUUGGAAUGAGAUACAAGAAGUUUUCAUUUUGGUCAAGCCCAAAAGAGAAAAGUAAAGUGUAUGUCUGGUUAUUCUUAGCAUUGUCUACUUUGUAUUGAAUUGAUAAGGGAAUUUCUAACAAGUAUCAGGGAAACCUAGCCUCCUUUGUUGUACUAGCUCAGGAUGUAGAAAAGUACUUAAGUCCUUUUCUCUCAAUGUUUUGUUUAUUAAUUUUUUCCUGUGCUCUGCCUUACAUCACAAAGCUCCAAUGACAGUAUGAAUUAAUAUUUUUGAUUUUACAAUACUGACAGAAACUUUGCCUCUGUUUUUUUCAGGCAGCAGUCAUAGGAAUUAGAUAUUUGAUUUAAAAUUUUAGUUUGAUGGAGUUUGUUUUGUGACCUAGUGUCAUGUCAAGAGUCUUUGGAUGUGCUGUUCCUGUGUAUUGUGACUUGAUAACAAUACUGUAAAUGUGUGAUGAAUGUAAAUCUAGUCAUUUUGAAAUGAAUUUAAUGAUUCACAAUGGAUUUAAAAAUAAAUCGUUUUAAAAUUCAUAAUAUGUGUUUUCAAAUUAUACAGGUUCUGUUCAAGGGUCAUACAAUUCUUAUUCUGUUAAGUACUGUAUAUGUUGCCAUCUAGUGGUUGUGCGAUAUUAGGCUAGAUCUGUCGAAAACAAACAAAACAAAAAAUAAAUA